GAGCGACUGAAAACCCGGAGCGCGUGAGCCGAAGAAUCGCCGUCGUAGAAAGAGGGAAAAUUUAUAUUCACAGUAUAUAAAUCCAAAAUGGACGAACUAGCGGUCGAAGUUUGCGGUGACAAUGGUGCCCACUAUAAGGGUAUCGUCACCGACGUGUUCGACGAUGGAGUCAUGGUGGAGUUCGAAAACGACUGGCAGGAGGAGUCCAAGUUCCAUUUCAACCAAGUGCGGCUACCACCGAGCGAGAGCUUCGACAUCUACGUCGAGCGGAUGGAGGUGGAGGUGUUCUCCCGGUCCCACGAAAACGAAGCGUGCGGGUGGUGGCGGGCGGUGAUUAAGAUGAUGAAGGGAGAGUUCCUCGUCGUGGAAUACCUGGGCUGGGAUCACAGCUACACGGAGAUCGUGCACACGGACCGCAUCCGUGCGAUUAAUCCCAAUCCACCAAUCAAUGAGAAAACCUUCCACCGGUUCGAGAUCGAGGUGCCGGAGGAUGUGCGAGAAUACGCUAAAAUUGACGGUGUUCACAAGGAGUUCCAAAAGACCAUUCAGGCGGCCGUCUGUCGGUACGUACCCGAACGUGGUGUAUUACGGGUAAUCUCGCGAUCGGAAGGGACGCAGCGCCGGGCCACCAUGAUCCAGGAAAUGUACUUUCGAAAUCUGAAUCAAAAGGUCAUGCUACUCAAACGCACCGAGGAGGCAGCGAGACAAUUAGAGUCUACCAAAUUGCAGAAUUCAGGCGGAUUUUCGGACGAAUUCAAGGUGCGAGAAGAUUUGAUCGGGCUCGCCAUCGGCGCGCACGGCGGAAACAUCCAGGCGGCGCGUAAACUUGACGGUGUGCUGAACAUCGAGCUCGAGGAAAACAGCUGUACCUUUAAAAUUUCCGGCGAUUCCAGCGAAGCGGUGAAAAAGGCGCGCGCGAUGCUAGAGUACAGUGAGGAGUCGUUGCAGGUUCCACGGAACUUGGUAGGGAAGGUUAUCGGCAAGAACGGUCGCAUCAUACAGGAGAUCGUAGACAAGAGUGGUGUCGUGCGCGUGAAGAUUGAAGGCGACAACGAACCAGAACCGAGCAUACCGCGGGAAGAAGGCCAGGUACCGUUUGUGUUCGUCGGUACCGUCGAAUCCAUAGCGAAUGCCAAAGUGUUGCUGGAGUAUCAUUUAGUGCACUUGAAGGAAGUAGAACUAUUACGCCAGGAAAAGCUUGAAAUAGACCAACAGCUGCGCGCCAUCCAGGGUUCCAGUAUGGGCUCGAUGCAGAGCUUCUCGAUGAACCGGCGAAUGGAUCGAACGUACAACAGCAACAACGACUCGGACGCCGGAUCUCGAUCGAAUCGCGGAGGAAUGCGUGGCCGUGGCGGGAGGGGCGGUCGUGGAACCAACCAGCGAUACUCCGCUCGUCGUGGCAACGAGAAUGAGGAAGACUUUGGUGUAAGAGCCGACGGACGGGAUCAGCGUGGUGGAGGCAGCAGCUAUAUGGACACGCGCAACAACCGCACCACCCGAGGUUACAGCGAAAAACGAGCCGGUCCUGGUGGUGGUACGGGCUCUAGCGUAGUUGCACCGUUGCCCGGGAACGGUAGCACCACUGUUCCUCCGGCUGCAGGCACAGCUGUCAGCGGAAGCGCGGGCGGCAACAGUGGCGCCAAGCGGAACGAACGCAGCGAACGUCACGACCGAAACGAGCGUCACGAACGCGGCGAGCGCCAUGACCGCACCGAUAGAACCGAACGGAACGAACGCAGCAAAAUGCAAUCGCAUCCGCCAGCGAGCAAUCAGCAGCUAGCGCCGACGGCUUCGACACAUCCGCAGACGCAGCCCCCCGCACAACCGACUAACGCGGCCAGCGCUACGGCUGGCCAGGAAGCGAGUGCUGCCGGUAAUCGGGAUAAGGCACGGGAUGCGCGCAACGUGCCGAACGAUGUUAACGCACCGUGGGACAGCUGGGGCGACGAGGCCUGGGAGCGAAGCGGAAACGCGGAACGUGAAAGCAACUCUUCCAACGACGGCGCACAGCAACGGACCCGGCGACGAUCGAAAAAUCCAUCUCAUAAAGCAAAUGGAAACGCACCGUCAUCGAAGAACAACUCAAACAACACUGUAAACUCCUCCGGAGCCCAGCAUGAGAGUGUAACCAACAAUGGACCGAAUAGCAAGCAGCCGCAGGUGGCACCGCCACACGCACAGCCAAACAUGAAUCAUCCACCGGUGGCCAACAGUAGUGCGACCGCCAACGGUACCAGUGCAAGCGCGACUGGAACUGGAGCGUCCGGAACUACUCCGGCGGUGGCAGCAAAUGCGUCUUCCUCCGCCAAGGGACCGCGCGAAUCUAGCGCGCGCCAUCGCGGUGGUCGCGGUGGUGUAGGUGCGGGCGGCAGCGGCGGUGGAGGAGGCAAGCAUAAGCAAGCGCAGCAGCAGUCCCAUCCCCAUCCCACCCAGGCGCAUCAUCAGUCACAGGCGCCGCAAAGCCAACCGGCAGCCGGCGGUGGCGGCGGUGUCGGGGCGAGCUCGAAAAUGAACGCUGCUGGCGGCGGAAGUUCUGCCACCGGAAGUGCACCGGCUGCGUCGGUGGUGGUGGUGGAGAAGGCGGCGGGCGGCAAGGAUGCGCUGCUGAAUGGGUCCGCCUAGACAAAGGGCGCUAGUUGGACUGCCAUUUCCAAUUCUGCCUGGCCGGACUCGGAUAGCGGAGCGAGGAGGAGGAGGUAUAUGCUUGUACAAACCAAACCGGAACAGAAACAUACCGCAAUCUAAUACACUGCUACCGCCAGCAACUCCAGCAGAAAGUAGCGGCGCGCCAGAUGCAUACAAGGGCAGUAGGGUAGGGUAGGGUAUAGAUGAUAAUGGUACACGUGUGCGUGGUAGCAGCUUGAUUCUACAACGUUAAAUUCGUUUUCCCUCCCCAUGGCGAACCAUGCAAGGUACGGGCGCAUUCGACGUCGGCCGUACUUCCAAACGACUGGCGCGUUAAAAGGGCGUAACUCAUCCACUAGCUGCAUAUAUGCUCUUUAUCAAGCAUUCGUUCGAUCGAGCAAUGCGAUCAAAUAGGAUUAUUGGAAGCUGGAAGCUGGACCAUUUCUACGUUUAAAACAGAUCAUUAUGCACCUUCGCAAACCGAAGCAAACGCACUUCAUCAUAACGUUCGUUUAUUGUAGAUCGCGAGCGGGGGAGCAAUUCAAACGUUUCCCGCGCAGCGCGCUUUGAUCGCCCUUUCUAAAAACAGGAAUGGGUUUUGAGUGAUUUUUUCUUGUUCGUCGUCAUCGCUAAAUCAUGUGCAACAAAGUAUGUAAUAGUUUUUCUAAGUGUAAGUGAAAAUAAUGUUUACAGGGUUAGACUGCCGGGCCACUGUUUUCUCGAGCAGAUUUACUCAAUAAUUUGCCAACUCAAUGCAUAACGAACGGCCCAACCCUCUCUUUUGCUUUUCCGACCGACGGUCUAUUGCAUAUUGCCGUGCAAACCGAUGUCGACAUUUUAAAAACGCGGUUUUCGCAGUUGAAACGCUCCUAGUUAAAGCAAUUCGUUAAGGUUUUGCGCGCAGAAACAGGUUUAUAUGAGCGAAGGUGAACAUUCAUCGUGAGAUCAUUAUUAGUUGUAACCCAACCCUGUGCUGCUUCGUAUUGGA